AUGGCUCAUUUGGAAGGGUUCCUGCCCAGGGGUCAUAGGUACUGCAGUGUCAUGCCAGCUCUGGACAAGUUCUCAUGCUCCAGCAUUUUACUUACUGCCACCCCCUGCCCCUGCUGCACGAGCUCUUUUGUAGUGCACCCUGCUUGGACCACUGAGCCCCUCACUCCCCAGAGGUGCCAAUGGACUAGCUGCUGCCUCCCCUCCCCUGGCCCAGCAUGGAAGAGGCUGAGCAUUUCAGGGAGAUCAGUGGGCUUAGGCAGCAAUGUCCCUGUGCUGGUGAGAGGGGAGCAAGAUGGAUUUUAUUAUCAUGGCACAAUAAAAGAGGAGAUAGAGACUGAAAGAGGCAUGUUCCUGGUAGAGUUUGCCAAACCGCUUGUGUCACGUGGAAGUCACACUGUGUGUGUGCAAAAAACAGCAAAGGAUGAUAUCCUGGAAUACGUGAAUGGGAUGAAGCACUCCUUGCUCCCUGGAGACAGAGUGCUGGCACCCUGGGAGCCAGAUAUGGCCAGGUAUGGCCCAGGAACCAUCCUCACAGGCAUUGAGACAAGGGAUCCCUUACGAGCCUCAGAAGAUGAAGAAAUUAUGGUCCAGUUCUGGAAUGACAAGAAAGUGAAACUCCCACGGGGUGUGGCUCUGUGGAUCCCACCUAGCCUGUGGGAGAGGAUUGUAGAUAUGAUCCACAUGCCCUUCACCAGCAGGGUGAAGCCUAGAGGAACUGCAGAUGCCAACUCUUGUGUUUCUUCCUGCAGUCCAAAACCAGCCCUGAUUCCUGUUUAUGCUAUAAAUAGCCUUGCCAAGCACUGCUUGCUCUGUUCACAGUGCUGGCCACACUUGCACUAUCACUGUGGCUGUAUAUGCUGUUUGUCAGCAUAUGUAAGGUGCAUCUGCUACUGCCAUUCCCAUGUUGAUGCCUGGUGGCCUCUUCCAUCCAGGUCUCUGGUUUUUCAAAGCAAAACCAAAGAGACAGAGUCCAGCAGUGAGCCCUCUCCAUGCCUUCUAGAACUGCAAGGCCCAAAACAAGAAGCAGAAGCUGUGGCAGUCUCUUCCCCAUCUUCUGAUUCAGAGUGUGACCUGGAGCCUUUCCCCAGUAAGAGUACUGUGGUGGACAGUGCUGUUAACACAGGCUCCAGCUGCCUUGAGAUGUCUCAGCUAAAGGAUUCUGCAAGACCUAAUGCAAAUACUGGAAAAGAUGCCACCACAAGUCCCAACCCAGUAAUUCAGGACUUGGCAGUUGCAGCAGCACAGGUAGAAAAGGCAAGCUGGAAUACAAAGCCAUCUCUGCUGGGGACAUGUCCUGUGUUGCCCCAACUAAUUGGAGCACAAUGUUUGAAACCAUCAAGCAGUCUCCCCGAGGGCAUCUCACAAGGAGAGAAAUCUUAAGAGAACAGAAAUCCAAUCCCUU